UUCCAUAACGUUUUUGCGCUUCAUUUUACGUGCUGAGUGCGUUUAUUCUUCUAAACAGUGUAUCUAGUGCUGUAAUUUGUUUUCUAAUAAGUAAUUUAAAAAAAAAUUGACUAUUUUAGCAGUAGAAGAAUUGAUUUCUUAAUUUGCUUAGUUAAUUUAACUCAAAACAAAAAGGUAUACAGUCAAUAUGAAAUCAAAGAAAACUGACUCUGCAACUGGUGAUGCUGUUGCCGACUCAUCAGAAGAGGAGGAAGAGUAUGCAGUGGAAAAAAUUUGUGGCCGCCGCGUGCGUAAGGGAAAGGUCGAAUAUUUUCUCAAAUGGAAAGGUUAUCCCGAGGAGGAAAAUACCUGGGAACCCGUGGAGAAUUUGGAUUGCCAAGAUUUGAUACAGCAAUAUGAAGCAGAUCGUGCGAAAGAGGAGCCUGCCGCACCUAGUAAACAACCCGAAAAAAAGGAUUCCAGUAAAAAAGAAGCUAGCAGCAGUGGACGCACCAGUGCCGCUGGAAACAAACGCAAGUCUGAAGAGAAAACAACAGGUAGCAAGAAAAAACGGCGUGAUUCCUUAAAAUCAGAAACGGACAAUGAGUCAGUGUCCGAUGUUUCUUCUCGUACCUCUGAGCGUACAGGCUUUGAUAGAGGGCUAGAAGCUGAGAAAAUACUUGGUGCCUCAGACUCGAGCGGUGGCCUGACUUUUCUUAUACAAUUUAAGGGUGUAGAUCAGGCGGAAAUGGUGCCAGCAGCGAUUGCUAAUGUUAAGAUUCCACAAAUGGUUAUAAAGUUUUACGAAGAACGUCUCUCCUGGUAUUCCGACAAUGAAGAAUAAAUUUUAAUUUAAUUAGUUGAUUAAAUAUCUAUAUAUCAGAAUAUUAAAAAAUAGAUGCAUAUAUACAUAAAUAUUUCCGUAUUUCCACAUUUCCUUCUAAUGGCAUCUUGACAUCAAAAGGAAACGUGAGUAAGUUAAUUUUACAAAUGUUUUGAAUGAAGUCCGUCGUAUUAAAUUAUCCUCAAUUUUAACUAAGGUUUUUCGUUUAAAACAUCCGACCACCAAAAAAAAACUAAGUUUUGCAUUUGUGCAAGUCACCAAAUGUUUUGAUUUUAAAGUAAAAUACUAUUUUUAGAAGCCAUUGAAGUUGAGAUUCAUUUGUGCAAAUUUUUCGAAAUGGGGGUUCAAAAUAGAGGAAAUCGUACAAAUGUGUAUCACUUUCUUAUUCUGUGUGUUAGGAAUGUUGAUUUGUCAAUACUGGACAAAAAUCAAUGUAAUCAUGUGGAAAAUAUGUUUAAAUAAAAGCUGAAAUUUACCAAAAAUGUUA